AUGUCCGGUAUAAUAGUGGCUGGAAACAAUACCAAUGAAAGUGGUGCUUCACAGUUGAUUAGACCACGUGGAAUCUUUGUCGAUGAUGCUGAAACACUGUACGUUGCGGAUUGUAAAAAUCAUCGAAUUCAAAGAUGGAGUAAUGGAGCUUCCUCCGGUGUGACAGUUGCAGGUACUGAAGUCAUCGGUAAUAGCUUAACUCAGUUAGAGUCUCCGACUGCAGUCAUUGUUGAUUCAAAUGGAUAUAUCUAUAUAGCAGAUUAAGGGAAAUUUUCGAAUUCUUCGAUGGCCAUCGAGUUCGAGUUCUGGUCAGUGCAUUGCAGGUUGUUAUGGAUUAGGCGGAAGUGGAGUUAAUGCGUUGAUUUUUCGAGGUGCACUAGCAUUUGAUACCAAAGGAUCGCUCUUUGUCAGGGAUUCUAUUCAUAAUCAAGUACUGGAAUUUGAAAUACUCAACUGCACAAGUGAGUAGCAAACGUUUCAAUAAGUCUGAUUUUAUUGUUGUUUAUACAAUUUAUUUCCAUUCAAGACUCGGCCACUAGGUCAACUUCAACAAAACCAACAAAAGCAGCAAAGGCAACAAUGACAAUAACAACAACAGUACAGAAAACAACAUCAUCUCCAGGGGGCUCGGAAUCACCCAGGCUAUGGUCAACAAUAGUUUUGACACUCAUGGUAGUGUUAGUAUGUAUUUUUUGUCAGAGAUAAUACAAUAACAGUUUUAAUAUCUGAUUCGAUAAUUUUCUAGCUUUCAUUUUUACGCCAUGGCAAUCUGAGCGAUUAUCUUUUUCGAUCCACGACUAUAAUGCAAUGAAUCAGAUAGUGAAGAAAUGGUUCAUGUCGUGGAUUUUGACAAUUAUUCUCUUUCUCUAUUGUUUCUCAACCUAAUUUAUGUUUCCUUGUGUGUUUUACUAUGUGAAACUUGUAACAUACUUCUCAUAUAUCGUGGAAUUA